GACUACUAUUCCACUUUUGACUUCCUGCAUUCCCUUCAGCAGCUUCGUGUGCGAACAAGUCCUACAUGCUGCACUGUACACCGUCCCAUCUAUACCAGAGUUAUAGCCUCCCGCAGGAAGCCUUCUCGAACUGCGGUGAUGCUCUGUCACCCCCACGAUCAGUGUUUGUGCUGCGCGAAAGAGGGAGGGAGGUACUGCACUACUUAUCGGGAAAUUUGCCCCGGGCGUCGCUCGUCCACUCGUAGGUCACCGACCACAACGCAUCACUCGUGUGCAGGUCUCGCUUCUUUGUUGCUUGUCCGCUCAUGCGACGUAAACGCAGGCAUAUCCCACCGUGGUCUGAGAUAAAGCUCG